AUGUCAAAUGGCAUCUCAUUGGAACCAGAGUUUUUACAUUUUCCGUCAAUUGCUGCAGUUCCUGCGUCACGAUCUAAUGUGAUUCAACAUUUAAUUGAUGGAGUUGAUCGAUAUAAUCCUCAAAAUGCGCCUUUAUUAGAAGAAUAUUUAGUACAACAGUGUCAAGAUGGGAGUUAUGACUGCAUGGCAAACCUUGCUAUAUUAAAAUUAUAUCAAUUUAAUCCUCAUCUUUCAAAAGAUGAAGUGAUUACAAAUAUUCUUGUUAAAGCGUUAACUGUUUUUACACAACCUGAUUUUUCUACAUGUUUACAUUUGCUUCCACCCUCUAUUCUUUCUAAAGAGGGUUCUGAAGGGGAUUCUUUAUAUGAAAUUGUACAGAAGUUACAUUCACUUCAUCUUCUUUUAGAUGCAGCAAAAUACAAAGAAUUUUGGCAAUCAAUAGAUAAUGAUGAUCUUUAUGCAGAUCUAAUUGCUGAUUGCAUUGGGUUUGAAGAUACUAUUCGACUAGGCAUUGCAAAGGUCAUUUCACAGACAAUGAAAGAAGUUAAACGCGAUGUUUUAGAAAAUUGGAUCAAUCUUCGAGAUGAAAAGCUAACAGUAUGGGUUCGUGAUGUAUUUCAUUGGGAAAUGUCAGGUGAAAUAAUAAAAUUACCACAAAAUAAGGACAAUCUAUCUUUAAAUAAAGUGACACGUGAAAAAGUCCCUUUUUCAGAUUUAUACCAACUUUUAAGAUAA